ACCACUUUACAAGUAACUAUUCCUGUUGGGUUUGAGAAAUUCAACCAUGGCUGCACUCUCUCCUUCAUCGGCUUCUGUGCUCCUGUUUUCACUUUACCUCUCCCUUUUCGUUGCCAAAACAUGGUCAUCGGACAUGUCCAUCAUCUCCUACGACGAGAAGCACGGCAUCGUAGAGGCGUCGCAGCGGUCAGACGAGGAAAUGAUGUCGAUGUACGAGGCGUGGAUGGCGGAGCAUGGAAAGACGUACAACGCCAUCGGAGAGAAGGAGAAGCGAUUCGAGAUCUUUAAGGACAAUCUACGGUACAUAGAUGAGCAGAACGCGGUGCCGGACCGGAAGUACAAGCUCGGCUUGAAUCGGUUUGCAGAUUUGACCAACGAGGAGUACAGGAAGACGUUCCUCGGGACUCGACCCGACGGGAAACGUCGAUUGACCGGGAUUAAGAGCGAUCGAUACGAUCCUAAGCUUGGCGACGACUUGCCGGAUUCCAUCGAUUGGAGAGCGAAAGGCGCUGUGGUCCCCGUUAAAGAUCAAGGAAGCUGUGGUAGUUGCUGGGCAUUCUCCACAAUUGCUUCUGUCGAAGGUAUAAGUCAGAUAGUCACUGGGGAUUUGAUCUCUUUGUCUGAGCAAGAGCUUGUCGACUGCGAUACAUCAUACAACGAAGGGUGUAACGGUGGUCUUAUGGACUACGCCUUCGAGUUCAUCAUAAAAAAUGGCGGCAUUGAUAGCGACGCAGACUAUCCCUACACCGGCAGGGAUGGCAUAUGCGACCAGUACAGGAAAAAUGCUAGAGUUGUGUCGAUUGAUGGAUAUGAAGAUGUAUCUCCAUACAACGAGAAGGCCCUGAAAAAGGCAGUCGCCCAUCAACCUGUCAGCGUCGCCAUUGAAGGCGGCGGGAGGGACUUCCAGCUCUAUGUCUCGGGUAUAUUCACCGGGAAGUGCGGCGUGAGCCUAGACCACGGUGUGAAUGUCGUCGGGUACGGCACCGAAGCUGGCACCGAUUAUUGGAUUGUCCGAAACUCGUGGGGCGCAAGCUGGGGUGAAAAGGGGUACGUGAGGAUGCAGCGCAACGUGGCUUCCAGCAGCGGUCUCUGCGGAAUUGCCAUCGAGCCGUCUUACCCGACCAAGAAUGGCGACAAUCCACCCAACCCGGGGCCUUCUCCUCCAUCCCCUAAGCCAUCCCCAUCCGUGUGCGAUGCGUACACCCAAUGCGCCCCGAGAACCACCUGCUGCUGCCUCUACGAAUAUCGCAACUCGUGCUUCCAGUGGGGGUGCUGCCCCCUCGAGGGCGCCACGUGCUGUGAAGACCAUUACAGUUGCUGCCCCCACGACUACCCCGUCUGCCAUGUCUAUGCCGGCACCUGCUCAAAAAGCAAGGGCAAUCCACUUGGAGUGACGAUGAUGAAGCACAUUCCGGCGCAGCCGAUCGGGACCUUCGGCAGUUCUUGAGAAAGUUGCGGGAUCGAGCUGAUGAGCAAGGAAGCCAGCCAAUCUUGUUUGGCUAGUUCAGAUCGAAGAACUCCAUGGAUGGAUCAAGGUUGGUAGGUGGUUACUGGAUAUUAUUUGAUGAUUUGCCUGUUGUUUUUCUGGGCUUUAAUUUAAAAUAUGAACAGCAACAUCUCUACUCUAAUCUACUUAUGUUCUAAGGAUGCACUUAUGGAAUUGGAAACCCUCUAUGUUAUGAUAUGAUGAUGUAUAGUUGUUCUUCUAGGAAAUUCUAUUGGUGACAUUUAUGUUCUUUGGUA